AGAGAACAAGUGAAAUACUUUGACUAACGUCAGAGCGGAAAUGGGUACAACAAUGGACUGUAGGAUAUUAGCUAUAGGCGAUAAAACGGAACACUCAGAACAUGAAAAGCCUGAAAUAUUAUUAAAUAUUAGGAAUUUUAAUGCCGACUUCAUAAAUUAUCUAAAUGUACUCUUUAAGGAAACUCGAAUGCCCAAAGACGUUGUCAAUGGUGAAUAUGCCAUUGAAUGGUUUGGAAUGGAAACUAUUAAGCGGAUAGAUCAACCCACUCGAUAUCAGUUUUACUGUUUUCCCUCACAGAAAACACAGCCUAAGCAUGUUAAUCCAUUUUACUUCUACCAAACAAUUAAUGCAAAUGCCUUGAUGCGUGAUGUAAGAAUAUUUUUAAAGGAGGAACAUUGGCUAUCAAAGUAUGUAGUGAUUGGACUGCUUAAGGGCAAAUUAGAUGGUUGGGGCUAUAAUCCCGAGGAAAAUUAUAUUCGAAAUGCGAUUCAUAUGGCAUUCAACGCCGAAAGGCUGAGAGAAAAGCAGGACAUAUUUCCCUAUCUGCUCUAUUUACAUAGGCAACAUGUGAAAAAUAAUUUAAAAGGUUAA